AUGUGGUGGCCUAUAGCUGGUAGGAAUAUUGCAAGAUCGGUAGUACAUGAUUGUGUAAUCUGCAAACGAUUGAGAGGCAAAACUCUGGCUCCUCUGAUGGGAAAUUUACCUGAGGAGCGCAUAACUCCUAGUUUUCCAUUUAUGCGUUGUGGAGUCGACUAUGCGGGUCCAAUGUUCAUACUCAAUCGCAAGGGUAGAGGAUCCAGGGUAACAAAAUGUUACAUAUGUUUAUUCGUCUGUUUGGUCACGCGCGCUAUGCACCUGGAACUAGUCACUGAUCUCUCAACAGAUGCAUAUUUGUUAGCCUUAAAGAGAUUUAUUUCUCGCCGUGGAAAACCUAAUGAAAUCUUUUCGGACAACGGCAAGAAUUUUGUUGGUCUAGCAAAUGAAUUUACAAGGUUUUUAUCAAAUUGUUCAUCUGAAAUAAUUGAAUUUGCCACUAAUCAAAACAUUAAAUUCACUUUUAUACCUCCUUAUGCGCCUCAUUUUGGUGGUUUGUGGGAGGCUGGUGUUAAAUCCUGCAAGUAUCACUUGCGUCGCGUGAUAGGGAACUCGCACAUGACAUAUGAGGAGUUUGGCACAGUACUGACUCAAGUAGAGGCUGUCCUAAACUCUCGUCCCCUAAGUCCUAUGUCCUCAGAUCCGCAAGACUAUAACCCAUUAACUCCAUCUCACUUCCUGGUUGGUCGUCCGCUCACUGCGCCUGCCACCGAUGACCUGAAAGACGCACCUGCUCAUCGGCUCUCACGCUAUCAACGAGUGGAGCAAAUUCGCCAGCACUUUUGGGAUCGAUGGGCCAAGGAGUACAUAUCCGAACUUCAGACGAGAUCGAAAUGGAGGAACAACACAAACGAGCUUCAACCUGGGACAUUGGUUGUCAUCAAGGAGGACAAGCAGCCACCUCUCAAAUGGAGCCUUGGACGCGUUGUGAGGUCCAUUCCCGGGAAGGAUGGCGUAAGCAGAGUUGCUGACAUCCAGACGUCUUCAGGAAUCGUUCGACGCGCCUUCGUGAAGAUUUGUCCUCUAGUGGACUGUUAG